GCCUAUUCUGCCUAUUCUCCUAUUGAAAUCUCUUCAGAGAAGACCAAGUAUAUAAGGCGAGUACAAGAGCGUGGUGAGGCCCGGCUGUCCGUCCCAUCACACUUCGAUAUUGUGACUUACAGCUCCUUCUUUUGAAAUUUCGUUGUCCUCACCUGCCCAGUCUCCUCCAUCAACAUGGUCCGCCUUCCUUCAGCCGUGGCGCUACUCGCUCUUGCUGCUUCAGCAGCGGCCCAGAAACUAAACUCGUGGCCGCAACAUAAUUACGGGGGCAACGGACUUGCAACAGACAGCGACACCAACACGGUCGAAGAGUACGACAUUCCCGCGAGGUAUGCCCUCCUCUUCAACCGCUGGAUCAGCCUCAGCGGCUUCUACAUCCAGUCUUCUGGUGACUUCAUCACCGACUACUCGGUGACGGCCUUGAUCGGCCCCUUUGGGCUCCCGCAAUCGGUGGAUGUUGGCCGGGUAUGUGGGGCUACUGGGAAUUUCACAUACGUCCCCUUGGUAGACCCACAAGAUGGGUCUUAUGUGUGGUCCGACACUCUGUUUAUCGAAGUCAGCGGUGCCAAGGGAAACUCGUCCACCGCCCGCAUCAACGAAAUCUGGCCCGUGUUCCCCGGCGACGAGAUCUUCGACCCGGAGAACACUUCUCCGUGCCCGGCCACUGCUACUAAGUAGUCGCCAUUGGGAACUCUCGCCCAGUGAAAUUCAGUGUCACGAAUUUACGAGGAUGUUUGAUAUUGACGGAGCGAGCUUUGUAAGGAAACGACAUUACUGUUCCAGCAUGUCCAAGCAUGGAGUGCAGAGGUGGAUUGAGAAACAGGCACUGGUACCUACGAACUUGGCUGGUUGGUGGACUUACGCCAAUGACCAACUCGCGAGAAGAAAGAGGACUAGAUGGGAUUGAUACCAACGCUGAGCCACUAUGGAAAUUAGUAGAAAAUACUUAGCUACAAAUAAUCGUUGAGACUAAA